AAACUGGACAUAUCUAAUGUCAGCCUGUCUAACAUUAACACUUCAAUAUUUAGAUUAACCUUCUUAGUUCAAAAUGAACAUCCUCAUCCUCUUUGGUCUUCUUGCUGUUGCGCUUGGACAACACUCAUCUUUUUUCAGCUUAGACCCCGAAGCUAUUCGCCAAGGGUUCAUUUCAAUUGACAUGAACCAUGAUGAUGUUGUGACGCUUGAUGACCAACUCGAAUGGAUCAGAAAAUACGACCUGAAUGGCGAUGGUUUUUUGAACUAUAAAGAAUAUAAACUAAGUCAACCCAAAAAUACUCCUACAAGAAUCCUCAAAGGACAAUUCAAGUACUUCGACAAACUGGAUGGUGAGACAGACGACAGACUUUCUACCCCGGGUGCUCCUCGUUUGAGAAACAUCUUUGACUCUAAUAAGGACGGCGUAGUCACACUUGAAGAAUUUACACAGAACAUGCCGCAGGUUAAUGACGGCAUUAUUAAGGAGAUGAAUGCCUUAGCUGUGGUUGGCUAAGCUUAAACUUGGAAGAAAUUUAAAAUACUGAUUCCAGAGGUAUUGAAUCUUUUGUUUAUUUAUGACACAUUAAAACAAGCACAGACACUAUUACCAUGGUGACGAUGUCAUCCAUUUAUUUUCACUGUAUACACUGAAAGUGGUUCACCAGACCGGAUAUUUUACCUGGUGUCUGUAGACACAAUAAUUUGUAAAUUCUUUUUGUGUUAAAAGGUUCACGAUCCAGGGUAUUUUUCACCUUAAUUAAAAAAGAUGUUUUUCUUUUCUGUACUGAUAGGUAUACUAUGCUGUUCUGAACUUGUACCGCCAUUCACUCCUGCCGACUGAGUUUACAACAAGCUACUAUCAACAAACACAAUUAGUCUCAGCCGUUUAAUCUGUCUUUGUAAUACUCAACACAGAGAAUACAAUACAGUGAUUUCCUGCCUUAUUCUUGUAUUGUAUGUAAUGUACUAAAGGAAUUAUAAAGAUUCUGCAAGAAA